CGCCUAUCAACAUGGACAACGCAACACGCGGCACGUCUAACGUAAGAGCUGUUCGGGCCGGUAUGCGGCAUAUUACGGACCGCGCGAUCGAGGUCUUCUCAGCCGUCUACGGCCGCUACGAGGACCAAUCACGAACACGAAAUUCUACGUUCCACGACCGCUGAUACAUGAAGAUCAAGAUAAAGAUACACCUAUGGGAGGCCAUGGUAUCCCCGAAGUGUCUACUGCCGCUUCCCCCUCCAAUGUAUCCAAAAAUAAUACCUUGCGCAACUUCGAUUUCCCCUGGCGUGGGAUGUGCUGAGCAGAACUUCCGACUCAGGACCUUUCCGCUGGGUAGUGCAGGUUCCAACAGACCGUCUCUCCCGCCUCCCGCCUCAUUCCCCGAAGUUUCGCGUCUUUCCCGCUCGUGUAUGCAGUUUCCCGGCCGAUGUGACCAGCACAUCCACUCGGCUACGCCCUGGUCGUUGAUCAAUCCUGAACCGCCGUCCCAGGGCCGCAGAGUCGGGACCCGCAGUCCACUUUAUUGUCUCCUGAUCGAUGCUUACGGAGCAGCGGUGGAUCUCACUCGCGUGACGGUAGCAUGUCCUGUGCCUAUGUUUCAGCAGUGGAAGACCACCUCCGGUAAACCGGAGCUUGUCGAUCAUCGGAUAGCGAUGAACGAUGCGGGCGAUGGAGUCGAUGUCGUAUCCAUACUACAAGCCCAUGAAGCUCUAGAGAGUGGAUCACUGCCUUAGACGGUGGGGACCCACAAGCCCUCCGUAACCUCGCUCAAUAGGCGAUAAGAAGUGCUGUCUUCAACCAACCUUUUACUCGCAACCGAAUCGCAUCUGAAAUGCGUCCUGAGGGGUGUAACCUGCGAGAAGUGGGCUGCGGAGAACGUCGGGCG